AUUCUUCCUCCAGAAGUUUCAGCCCGGGGCUCGCUUGUUAACAGCGACAGAAAUGGAAAAAUUCAUGGCGGCAGGAGACCGCGAUAGAGAUGGGAAGGUUGGGGCUGAAGAAUUCCAGGAGAUGGUACAGUCUUAAAGAAGAUCAGAAGUGGCUUGGUUGAUGGAAGAACUUCUGCUGCCCCAAAAGAGUUCUCUUGAAACUUCCAAACCCAAGGAUUCUUUGUUAUGCUUUGCCUCCUAUUCAGUGGUGUGCUACUACGGGUAGUCCUCAAGAUACGACUGUAAUGGAGCCUGACAUAACAGGUUGUGACAGUUGUUAGUUGAAGCUGACUCCAUAUCCCUGCUCUGGUCCUCCCAAGCGCCCCCCCAUUGCCCCCAUGUCAUUCCAUGCUCCCACUUCCCAACUCUUGGGUCUCCAUGGAGUGGGAUGAAGGCGAGAGAGGCAGGGGAUAGGCAGCAUCCCUGUGGUUGGUCAUAAGGAUGAAUGACCACAGAGGCAUUGCAGCCGUUGUAACUUUGAAACAGGUUUGUAUGUCAUUUGGGACCCUCUGUUGUACCUUUGAACAUGUCGUAUCUCGAGGACUUCCUGUCCAAUUUCCAAAUGGUAAUUCACUCAAGCUACCGAAUAAAGAUAAUUUCAGAGUCUCUGUGGUACAACAGACAGAUGUCUCUCUUUGAAUAGCGGCAUCAACAGUUCAAAACGGAUCGAAACUCACUUAACCACUGCUUUGCUUAGCCACAGAACUCAUUUAUGAUCAUUAGGUGGAAGAUUACUGUAGAUGCGAGUCCAUGUAUUGUAAGCAAAUCCGGGAAGCGGUAAAUAACCAAUGAAUGAAACUGUAAUCUCCUUCUGCAAACAGUAUAAAAAUCUGAUCUAAACCUAUCUUUCGCGUUUGAAAUUGUCAGCA